CUGGGUGCAGGCAGAGCUGCGCAGGCAGGGCGGGCAGGGCUGCCCUGAGGCCGUGCCCGGGGGGAUAGGCAGAGGGAGCAACGGGCUCGGUCCAGCUCGGUGCACCUACGCCCGAGGAAGGAGGGGUGCUCCCAGCACAGCCCGGUGCCGGGAUGCAGACGCGCCUGCUCAGGGUGGUGGGCUGGAGCUCGGCAGCUGUGCUGGGAGUGCUGGGGGUGGCCGUCUUCCUCCUGGUCCUGACCCUGGCGAAGGAUGCUGCCCUUCCUACGAGGAACAGAUACGGUCUGGUGUUUGACGCUGGCUCUACACACACGGCUCUCUACAUCUACCGGUGGCCCACAGACAAGGAGAACGGCACUGGCAUCGUCUCCCAGGUGGAGGCCUGCACUGUAUCUGGACCUGGCAUCUCCAGCUACGCAGACAACCCUGCUGGGGCUGGAGCCAGCCUGAAGCCCUGCCUGGACAAGGCCAUGAAGAUCAUCCCGGCAGAGCAGCAGCGGGAGACCCCCACCUACCUGGGGGCCACAGCGGGCAUGCGGCUGCUGAGGGAGCAGAACAGCACCAAGGCCGAGCAGGUCUUCGCCGAGGUUGCCAAGGCCAUUGGCGAGUACCCUGUGGACUUCCGCGGAGCUCAGAUCCUCACGGGGAACGAGGAGGGCUCCUUCGGCUGGAUCACCGUCAACUACCUGCUGGAGACGCUCGUCAAGUGCUCCUUCACAGGCGAGUGGAUCCACCCGCCGGCAGAAGAUGUGGUCGGAGCUCUGGACCUCGGUGGGGCUUCAACCCAGAUCACAUUCCUUCCUGGGACCACCAUAGAUGACAGCAGCACAAGAGUCGUCCUCAGGCUGUACGGGACCAACUACUCCAUUUAUACCCACAGCUACCUCUGCUACGGGCAAAAUCAAGCCCUGAAGAUGCUUAUGGCAUCCUUACACCAGGGCAGCCCGUCUCCCCAGCAGAUGUCACACCCCUGCUACCCCAAGGGAUACCGGGAGAACAUCACCACGGCAGACCUCUACAACAGUCCCUGUGUCCGUGCACCAAGCACACCCAGCCCUGCACAGGUCCUCACGGUGACGGGGACAGGGGACCCAGCAGCAUGCAGCACUGCCAUCCAGAAACUCUUCAACUUCAGCUGCGGGGCCAACAGGACAUGCGGGUUCAAUGGGGUUUAUCAGCCGCCUGUGCGGGGACAGUUCUUCGCCUUUUCGGGGCUUUAUCACAACUUUCACUUUCUGAACCUGACUGGAGGGCAGUCCCUGACCUCGGUCAAUGCCACCAUUGGGCAGUUCUGCACCAGCAGCUGGGAGAAGACAGCAGCUGGAGGGAGCUGGGAGGAGCACAAAGAUCUCUGGACAGGGAGAGAGAUGGGAGAGCAGCCUGCAGCCUCCCAAGUCCUCCUUGCUCCCCAAGCGCAGGCAUUCCCAGGUCUUUGCUCCCAGCUGCACUGCAGGGCUCUUCCCUGCAGUGUGGGUGCACCAAGCACUGCUCUGUGCUGGCGGCCCUCCCCAGCAAUUCCACCUCUGCAGGUGCAGAAGGAGUUCCCCACCACGGACAGGACCCACCUCCGUGAUGCCUGCGCAGCCAGUUCCUACAUCCUCGGCCUUCUCCUGCAAGGCUACAAAUUCAACCACACGACAUGGCUUAACAUCCACUUCGUCCCGCAGGUUGCUAAUGUAGACAUGGGCUGGACUCUGGGCUACAUGCUCAAUCUCACCAACAUGAUUCCCUCAGAGACUCCCCAGAGAGUCGUAGGGCUCCAGAGAAGCAACUGGAUAGCAGCCACAAUUUUACUGGCUGUCAUGCUCAUCCUCAUCUUCUGCCUGCUCACAGUCAUAUGCUGCCAGAAAAAUUCCUCCGGUUAUGAGAGUCUCUAGCAGCACUGGCUCCAGAGGCCACUGAAGCCACUUAGCCCUGCUGGCACACUUGUGUGAGGAAUUACAGACCAUGUGUGCAGGAGCUGUGAACUUGUAAUUAGCAGCACCUGUGUCCUGGCCUGGUGAGCUGGAACCAGCACAGGCUUUAAAAAAUCCUCCCUGUA